UGCACAUGCAAAGCCAGGCAGCAAACGGAUUGGAGUGCUAUAGCUGUGUGGAUGAAGAGGGCGCUGGUGCUGGGUGCGCCAACCAAACCAUCUCUAAAGUGCAGUGCACUGGCAUCCAUAGCAUGUGCCUGGAAGGGAUUGGCAACAGCCGUAAAGCUGGGAAAGAUGUGAGCUUAGUGACUUUCAAAGGCUGUGCUUCCCCUGCCAUGUGCCAAAGCUCUCUCUUGGCCUUAGUGCAAGAACUGGACAACACCGAUAUCAUAUGCUGCCAAGGGAAUCUCUGCAAUGACCGCAUUGUAGAUGGUGUGAUCACACAACCCAGAGUCCCUGCUGAUAGCCCUGAAUACUUUGAGGAAGUAGGUUGUGCCGCACUCAGCCCCACACCAUCUGGGCCCAGACCAAAUCUUGAUUGCUUCUAUUCGAAUGAGGUGGAAGAUGGUAACAUGGUGGCACACUCGCCUACUGGUGAGGUCCCAUCUCCUAAAAACCACACUGAUGAGGAGACUGUAUACAUUGCUGAUGAAAAGGAAGCUAGUGAGAAUUUUGUUAAUGAGAGUAAUGCCCGGCCAUCUUCCCACCAUGACCACACAAUUGCAGGUGGAAAUCCGUAUGAAGAGAAUCUUCUUGGAGAUUCUUCCGAAAGCAACGGCACUACCCCUACAGGUGUUUCAAACUCUGAGCAUGGUUCUUCAGGCAGUUCCUCAGCAAUAAUGAACUUGGACACAAGCAAUUCAAGUGCCAGACCCACCUCUUCUGGCCAUCACAGUGGUGUUGCGGUGCUGAUACCUUUCAUUAUUCCCAAGAGGAACACUACUACCACUGCUACCACUUCCUCCGCCCUUGAGACAAGUGUCUCCAAAGAGGUCUUGGCAGCUUCUGGCAAUGAGAAUGACGUAGAAAGUGAAGAAUGUGAGGCAGAAGAGGAGGACAUUGCCACUGGGAAACACUUCGUGGCUGCCAGUGCGAAUGACCAUGAAGAUUCUCCUUCCACCCACCUUGCAUCCUCUUUUCAUGAAAGUGGAACCCCCCAAAAUACCUCCAGUUCUGCUGAAGACACUCCCAAUGCUAGUGUCUUUGUCAGAGAAGGAAACAGUGAUGAAUCAGAAUCCUAUUCAUCUUCCACUGAAAACACACAUAAUGUUUCUGUUUUAACUGCAGAGGAACAUGGAUCUCCUCAUUUUCCUGUCACUGAUACCUCAGGAAGCACCAGCAGGGAGGGCGACCACGGAGCAACUGGUGGUGAAAGCGCUGUUGUUGAUAAUAGUAUUCCCGUAUCAGCUCCCACCAGCAAUGGUGCAACUUCAGAUGGCAUAGCCAGCUAUAUUCUUCCCAUCCCUCCCAUCACAUCUCAAGAUAACAGCUUUUUCCUCACAGAAGGCACGGGCAAAGCAGAUGCUUCCGCAGCAGCAAACACCAACGUGACCAACUCCAUCAACAGUCCUGGAAUGGGCCUUGUUGCAGGAGCUGGUACUUCCCGUCCCAAAACCAAGAUUCCAUGCAAACGGCCAGGGUCUCAGAACCCACCUGGAGUGAACCGGGUGUCUUCAUCUGGAACAGGCAGCCCAGGCACAGAAGAAGACACUGUGAGGAAUGCCAGCACCUCGUUCUACAGUAACGCUAAAAGUCCAGAACGCAAUGCAGCAGGAAAAGUCAAUCCUGCGAGUGGAGCUGUUGGCCUCACCUCUAAUGUGGGGCUUUUCUCACUCACUCUUCUGUUAGCUGCCCUAACGUGCUUAGUUUGUUGAGGCAGAGGGGAGAGAAUCUUCAUUGAUUGAGACCCAGGGAUUUGGAUUUUGUCCCAACCCUUUUCAAGAAAGAACUUAGGAACUUGGUGGUUCACACUUCCACAGAGCUUACAAAAGAGGGAGGGUGGAAUUUGCCACUGAGGUGCUAGAUUAAAAUUUGGCAAACUUCAGUUUUGUACGACAGAGUGUGUGUAUGUUUAUUUGUAUGUAGGCGAGAAUGUACUGUACAAAAACGUAUAAGAAGGGAAUGGUAUUUUGCCCCCUUCUGUAAGGAACAGGAUCAACAUGCCAAAUCUUUCAUAAACCUUAUGUGCUCUGUAAGGCUGAGCAAAUAUUCAAUAAGAGGAUCUGAUUCAAAGGGGAUAGGGCUGAAUCUGAUGCUGACUCUGGGUUAAUUCAGCUUCAGAUGUUUCUGCAUAUGCACCAAAAUGGCCUUUCUUCUAACCAAAUCAACCCAUUUGGAUGCGUCACUUUGGACAUCCAAAAUAGCGGUUUUUC